CGAGGUGUCUGGGAAGGGAGCCUGCUAUGUCGUCUGCCCAUGCACAUGUCCUGCAGGAGAGGGGAAUGGUCGCGCUGCCAUAGGGGGGUGUGCGGUGUGUGCGCUGUCAGCCCUCUCUCCCGGGCCCGCCUAUGCUUGGGGAGCCUUGGUGAGUGAGAGGGCGGACCUGCUCCGUCUCCCCUGCAGUCACACACCGGAAUGGCUCCGUCCCCGAGGAGGCAGCGAAGAUCAGCUGGAGCUCUCCGUGGUGCUGAACCCGCAGGAGCUGCCACCACUGUGCCCGCUGGAGGCUCCGCCAGACCCGCUCUACAGAUGCCAGUGCUGCCUCCGCAAUGCCUGCUGCUGGUGCUGGGAUUGGGAUUGGGACCCGGGCUGGUGCGUGGAUCAAGCGGGACGACCAUCGAACAGCCGGUCAAUGGCACUUCCCUAUCUAUCAUGGGCUUGAUGCCCCUCAGCGAGACGGUGGCAAAGGGAAAUAUCGGCAGAGGCAUCCUGCCAGCUGUGCUUCUGGCUAUUGAUCAGAUCCGCAAUGAAUCCCUGCUGCAUCCCUACGUCCUGGACCUCAAGCUGUAUGACACGGCGUGUGACAAUGCAAGAGGAUUAAAGUCAUUUUAUGAUGCAAUCAAGUAUGGACCUAAUCACUUGAUGGUUUUCGGGGGAGUAUGUCCUUCAGUAACAUCUAUUAUUGCGGAGUCUCUGAAAGGAUGGAACUUGGUGCAGUUAUCUUUUGCUGCAACGACUCCAGUUUUAGCAGACAAAAAAAAAUAUCCCUACUUUUUCCGGACUGUUCCCUCAGAUAAUGCAGUCAAUCCAGCCAUAGUGAAAUUCCUCAAACACUUCAAAUGGCAAAGAGUGGGAACAUUAACUCAAGACAUACAACGGUUUUCAGAGGUGAGAAAUGACUUAACAGGUGAACUGGAAGACUCAGAUAUCCAAAUUGCAGACACUGAGAGUUUCUCCAAUGAUCCGUGCAUCAGUGUGAAAAAACUCAAGGGCAAUGAUGUUCGGAUAAUCAUUGGUCAGUUUGAUGAGCAUAUGGCGGCAAAAGUCUUCUGUUGUGCUUAUAAUGAAGAAAUGUAUGGCAGUAAAUAUCAAUGGAUAAUCCCUGGAUGGUAUCAAGCACUAUGGUGGCAGCAGGCCAAUUCCUCCAUCUGUUCAAGUAAAAAUCUACUCACUGCCAUGGAAGGAUAUGUUGGAGUGGAUUUUGAACCUCUUAGCACAAAAAAUAUCAAGACUAUAUCAGGACGGACCCCCCAACAGUAUGAAAAAGAAUACAACGAAAAGAGGUCAGAUGUGGAGCCCAGUAAAUUUCAUGGUUAUGCUUAUGAUGGAAUAUGGGUAAUAGCCAAGACACUACACAGAGCAAUGGAAUAUCUGAACGCCACCAAUCGACAUCAAAGCAUUCAAGAUUUUAACUAUACGAACCACAAGCUUGGAAAAAUUUUCCUUGAUGCAAUGAAUGAAACAAACUUCUUUGGCGUAACAGGGCAAGUUGUAUUCAGAAAUGGAGAAAGAAUGGGCACAAUCAAGUUUACUCAGUUUCAAGAUGGUAAGGAAGUGAAGGUGGGCGAAUACAAUGCAGUAGCUGACAGCCUCGAACUGAUCAAUGACACUAUCAGAUUUCAAGGGUUGGAGCCUCCAAAAGAUCAAACAUUCAUCCGAAUGGAGCGACGUCAGAUAUAUUUGCCGCUUUACAGUAUUCUGUCUGCCAUUACAAUUAUUGGAAUGAUUAUGGCCAGCACAUUCUUAUUCUUUAACAUUAAAAACAGGAAUCAAAAGUUAAUAAAGAUGUCUAGUCCUUAUAUGAACAACCUUAUUAUCCUUGGAGGAAUGCUUUCCUACGCUUCUAUAUUUCUGUUUGGCCUUGAUGGAUCAUUUGUAUCAGCAAAAACAUUUGAAACUUUGUGCACCGUCAGAACAUGGAUUUUAACUGUAGGUUACACAACAGCUUUUGGGGCAAUGUUUGCAAAAACAUGGAGAGUUCAUGCCAUUUUUAAGAAUGUAAAGAUGAAGAAAAAGAUCAUAAAGGAUCAGAAGCUUCUGGUAAUAGUCGGAGGAAUGCUUUUAAUUGAUCUAUGUAUUUUGAUUUCUUGGCAAAUAGUUGAUCCCUUAAAAAGGACAGUGGAAGAAUAUAAUUUAGAGCCUGAUCCUGCAGGGAGAGACAUUGCUAUUCUUCCCUUUCUGGAGCAUUGUGAGAACACUCAUAUGACAAUUUGGCUUGGAAUUGUUUAUGCCUAUAAAGGUCUUCUUAUGUUGUUUGGAUGCUUUUUGGCCUGGGAAACUCGGAACGUAAGCAUUCCAGCACUAAAUGACAGCAAGUAUAUAGGGAUGAGUGUCUACAACGUGGGCAUUAUGUGUAUUAUAGGAGCAGCAGUUUCCUUUCUCACCAAAGACCAACCCAACGUCCAGUUCUGUAUUGUGGCUUUAGUCAUCAUAUUCUGCAGUACUAUUACCCUUUGUCUAGUUUUUGUGCCAAAGUUAAUAACCCUAAGGACGAAUCCUGACGCAGCAACUCAGAACAGGAGAUUUCAGUUCACGCACAAUCAAAAAAAAGAAGAUUCCAAGACAUCGACAUCAGUCACCAGUGUAAACCAGGCCAGCACAUCCCGACUAGAAGGACUGCAGUCAGAAAAUCAUCGAUUACGAAUGAAGAUCACAGAGCUGGACAAAGAUCUGGAGGAAGUCACAAUGCAGCUUCAAGAUACUCCAGAGAAAACAACCUAUAUUAAACAGAACCACUACCAUGAUUUAAAUGAUAUACUCAGUAUACGAAACUUCACAGAUAACAAAGAUGGCGAAAAAGCAGUUUUAAAAAAUCACCACGAUCAAAACAUGACAACGCAGUGGAACACUAUAGAAUCAUCCAGAACCAGCAAAGAUACAAUAGAAGAUAUUAACUCACCAGAGCAUAUACAGCGACGGCUAUCGUUACAACUACCCAUCCUCCACCAUGCCUACUUGCCAUCAAUAGGUGGCGUGGAUGCAAGCUGUGCCAGCCCAUGUGUAAGCCCUAGUGCCAGCCCCCGGCACAGACAUGUGCAGCCUUCCUUCCAAGUCAUGGUCUCGGGCCUGUAGAAAUGGGUGAAACAGGCUUCCUGGACUACUCCUGUAAUUUCUCAAGAAAGACUCAACUGCACAUUCUGAUGUAGAAUCUUUGCUACACACAUAACAUUUGCUCUUAAUGUAAGGAGACAGAGGAAUUCUAAGGAUGUGACCCUAGGAGGCCGAUUUCAACCAGCAUGGGCUAUUAACGAAAGAGUUAGAGAGAUGCACAGAGUUAUACCUGGAGCCUUAUUUGUGGAGUUUUUCUUUUUCUUUACUCAGAGGACUCAGAUAAAGUAAUUCUUCCCAAAACUCUACGAGCAAAAGAACAAGAGAACAGAAUUCUGAAUCUUGCACAAAGGAAAUAAAAAAAAAAUUCAGAAAUAAGAAACUUUUUAAAUCCAACUCACAAUGCUACAAAUAUGGCUGCUAUGAACUUUGGUUAGUACACUUUAUACACAUGUAAAAACCUAAAAAAAAAAAUGUAAAAAAACUAAAAAUAUUAAUAAAGAAAAAAAAAAAAAAAGAGGAGACAGCACAGCUAGGAAUUAUUUACAGAGAAACAUACACGGGUUUGCACAAUUCUGCUGACAUGCUGAAUGCAUUCCAUUAUAAGCCCUGCUUGUGUUUCACAUGUCAGACACUACAUGGCAGAAAAAAAUAUAUAAGAGCAUCUUUACAAAUGAUCCCUCAGGUGACAGCGAGACAUGCAGUAAUACCAAGGUUUUGUCUCUGUAACUGAACUAAGCUGUUUUUACAAUGGUAUAUAUUUAAAGCAGUAUGGAGUCGGUAGGAAACCAAGGUUUUACUGUACUGAGCCAGAACAAUUUGCAGCACAGCACUUCUGAGAAUUUAGGAAUGGAUAUGUUCCUACGCUCGCCAUUUGGGACUAUGUUUUAUCAAGGUUUCUGUAUUUUUUUUGUAAUGCACAGAACUGAGUGACUUGCAGGCUUGGGACCUAGUAAAUAGCUUAUAUGUCACAUGAUGGAUUAUUUGUCACAAUUUGUGUUUGAUUUGUUCCAUACAGUGCCACAGAAAAAGUACAAUAAAACCAAUGUUCUAGUGGAUUCAGGUUCCUCAGGCAUACCCACACUGAUGCCAGUUACGUUUAACAACAUAUGCCGUUGCGCCAGAAUUGUGUUACAUUUUCUUUAUUAAUGAAUUCAGCCAACCCCUAAGUAUUUUUUUUUUGUCAGAUACUAAGAGCUAUAUUUAAAGUAACAGUCCACUUUCUGAAAUAAAAGUCUUGAUACAUGUCAGAGAAAAUUAUAGUUCUUUACAAAUUUUAUACUACGUUGUAUGUAUAUAGACAUCUGAUUUAAUUGGUUAAUGCACCAAAUGAUGAAUAUGCAUUGUGUAAAAAAAAACUUUAUAUUUGGAAUUUCAGAGUCAAUUUCAAUUAUCAUUAAAUUACUAUGAGCCAUGAAUAUUUUAACACAAUGUCAUAUCAAACUUAAUGUCAUGUACUGUAGGGCUUGUUCAUCAGAGUGAUAGAGCACAAAAUGGUUGGUACUCUCUGCUAGAUUUACUACCUUUACUUUGACAGUCCUGAUAUUUACUAUAGGAAAACUGUUAACAUCCAAUUUAAUGUUCCUGUUUUUCUUGAACAUUUUGUCCACAUUUGAAUACCAUGUUCGAGUUUACAUGCAAUAUUAAACAUUCAGCCUGUUUUAGAGGCCAGAGCUAUACUUUUCCAGUUCUGCAGUCCGUAGGGCUAAGCUUUCUUAGCAUUUUUGCCAAUUUGAUGUCUGCAGAUUUAACUUUAAAAAAAUGAAGCCUAUAACCAAAGCACAAACUAAUGUAGAAAAACUCUCACGCUAUAUAAGAAGGUUGUGUUUGACUACAAGUUUUCUCACUAUUUUCAGUGACAACAAACAUAACUUUGAAUAUAAAACAAAAAUUUAGAAACAGAAACAUAGCCGCACAUCAUUCUGUUUCUCCAUUUUUGUUUUAGAACUUUGAAUAUAACUCAAGAUUUACAGUAUCUUACAUAAGAGGAUACAUCCUUCACAUUUGUGAAUAUUUAAUUAUACCCUUUCAUGUGGCAAUACUAAAAUAACAAAAGUGCAAAGCCUGUAUAACAGUGUUUAAUGUUGUGUCCCCUCAAAAUAACUCACCACAGCUAUUUAUGUCUAAACCUUCGCAACAAGAGUGAGUACAUUCUUAAAGGGGUACUACCGUGCUGACAACUUAUCCCCUAUCUAAAGGAUAGGGGAUAAGUUGCCUGAUCGUGCGGGGUCC